AGUCGACUCAUUUACUCCUGUAGGACGUUAUGCUCAUUCUUCUGCACUUAUUAGAAAUAAACUAGUUUUUUUUGGCGGAAUAAAUGAUAAAGGUUUCUGUUUAAAUGAAGUAUUUUAUCUUGAUUUAUCUCGAUCAUUUAAUAUAGUUACUCCACCUUGGAUUGACCUUACGUUAAAUUCCAGAAUUCCAUUCAAAAGUUGUUGGGGAACUGUUUCACCAAAUGAUAAGGAGCAAAUUAUUUAUUUAUUUGGUGGAAUUAUGUUUAAUGCUACUGACCAAGAUUUUUUUGUGUCGGUUGUUCACUCAUUUAAUUUAAAUUCCUUAUCAUGGAAUAUACCUAAUGUCAAAGGAAUUACACCUAAAAGACGCAGAAAUAUACAGAGUGUUAUCGAUAAUUAUGGAAAAAUGUAUAUAUUUGGUGGAUAUGCUGAUAAUGAUUUAGGUUUAGAAACAUCAUUAGAUUACAAUGAUAUGGUCAUUUUGAAUACUGUUGAAUUAUCAUGGGAAAACUAUAUAAUUAAUUCACCUAAACAUAGAGAUCUUUAUACCGCAACGUUAUUGACAAGUGGAGUUAUUGUUUAUAUUGGAGGAUUUGAAUAUGGAUUAGAUGCAAACGUAACGACAAAUUCUAAGCCAUCAAUAACAACUCAAUCAUCGCCAACUGCUUCCAUAAUUGCUGCUAAUUAUGAGAGUAAAUUUGUUACUAUGAAAAUUAUAGUCGCAUCAAUAGGAGGAAUAUUGGGUUUAGUUAUUAUUAUCGUUAGUGGAUUUUUAAUAUUUAGAUGGAAUGUUAAAAGGAAAGCACUACCUCCUAGACACAUUAAUGAGGAGCAUACUCUACCAGGAGAUAUUGUUGAGCACGAUAGGAGUAGUUAUAUUCUUGCCUAUUAA